AUGAUCUUUCCACAAAUACGAGAACUGUUUUGUGAAAAUACCACUAGUAUCCUCGAAGAAAACUGGAGAAAUCGAACCGAGCUGCCCCAUGCGACCGAAUGCGCUCAACACAUCGACUUUUCGAUUAUUCCCGCAAUUUUCUUAAUAUGUUUUUCACCAAAAAUUCUAUACGAGCUUCAUCAUAGCCGACAAUCACACCUUCGUAGUUGCUCGCCUAUUUCAUUACGGAUUAUAUUUUGUUGUCUUCUUGUUGUCGAUCUCAGCAUUUGCCUUGGCUAUAGUUUUUAUUUAUACUAUACUGAUUCACCAGAUUACAGUAAUGUCGUUUUAUUUGGAGACUUCUUUCAAUAUAUCGGAUACUGUCUUGCUUUAACCCUCACAAUUGCAUGUCGUAAUAGAGGAAUAGUAACAUCAGGCGUUUUAUACUUAUAUUGGUUGCUGGUGGUGUUGUGUGGAGCACCUGAAUUCCGAUAUGUGGUUUCCGACCUUGCCCAGGAAGUUCCAGAGAAAAACACCCUCCAGUCUCAUUUGUUUAUGUUCUCAUGGAUUCUUGCGUGUCUUCAACUAUUCUUUUCAUCGUUCGUUGACACCCCAUCUGCUGGUUAUAUUGGGAAAAACUCAUGUCCAGAAUUGAACUCGUCAUUUCUCAAUCAACUCACAUUCAAUUGGUUCACCGGAUUGGCAAUUCUCGGAAAUAGAAAACCUUUGGAGCGCGAGGAUUUAUGGGAUUUGAAUGAAAGAGAUAAAGCUCGCAAUUUAAUUCCUUCGUUUAUGGCUAAUCUCAAACCGGAAGUUGAUGGAUAUAUGCGUAAAAUACGGCAAAAUCGUGAACACGCAAUUCCAAAAAAUUAUCCAUCAAUUUUGUUGCCAAUCUUUAAAACAUACAAGUACACGUUUUUUGCCGGAGCUGCUUAUAAGCUGAUAUUUGAUUUGAUGCAGUUCAUUGCACCAGAGUUGUUGAGACAGCUAAUCAGCUUUAUUCAGGAUCGUAACCAACCGAUGUGGGUCGGAAUCGCGAUUGCAGCCACAAUGUUCAUAUCUUCCAUAGUACAAACCAUGUUUCUACAUCAAUAUUUCCACGAAAUGUUCCGACUCGGAAUGAAUAUUAGAUCGGUUCUUACUAGCGCGGUUUAUUCAAAGACAUUAAACCUUUCAAAUGAUGCUAAAAAAGGAAAAUCAACAGGAUCAAUUGUGAAUUUGAUGUCUGUUGAUAUUCAACGAAUCCAAGACAUGACAACUUUUGUUAUGCUUCUUUGGUCGGCACCAUUGCAGGUUCUUCUAUCUCUGUACUUUUUGUGGAAAUUACUUGGGGUAUCAGUUCUUGCUGGAUUUGUCAUUCUUCUUUUAAUGGUGCCUUUCAAUUCAUGGAUUUCUGUGCAGAUGCGAAAUUGCCAGAUGGAACAAAUGAAAUACAAAGAUGAGAGAAUCAAGAUGAUGUCGGAAAUUUUAAAUGGAAUGAAAGUUUUAAAGCUGUAUGCAUGGGAAAAGAGUAUGGAGAAAAUUGUUCUUGAUAUUCGAGAGAAGGAAAUUAAAGUGUUGAAGAAGUUGGCUUAUUUGAACGCCGCCACAACACUUUCAUGGGCUUGCGCACCAUUUUUGGUUGCCGUUUUGACAUUCGGUCUUUAUGUGUUAUGGGAUCCGGAGAACAAUGUUUUGACACCGCAAGUCACUUUCGUUGCUCUCGCGCUUUUCAACAUUUUGAGAUUCCCACUCGGAAUAUUCUCUUUGGUUGUCAGUCAAGCAAUUCAAUGCUCAGCUAGCAAUACUAGAAUCAAAGAGUUUUUUGCAUCUGAGGAAAUGAAUCCCCAAAACACUAUUGCUUAUGGUGGAAGUGAUUCUGCUGUAAAAAUUACAAAUGGUACAUUCAGUUGGGGAAAUAAUGACGAGGAAAAGGCUUUGAAAAAUAUAAAUUUGGAUAUCAAACGAGGACAGCUUGUCGCAAUCGUCGGACGUGUUGGAUCAGGAAAAUCCAGUCUUCUCCAUGCCCUUCUUGGAGAAAUGAGAAAACUUGAAGGAAGUGUACAGAUUGGAGGGUCUGUCGCUUAUGUUCCUCAACAAGCCUGGAUUCAAAACAUGACUCUUCGCAAUAAUAUUUUGUUUAGCAAAUCGUUUGACAAGCUAUUUUACGAUAAAGUUGUGAGCGCUUGCGCUCUAUCGCAAGAUCUCGCAAGUCUUCCAGCAGAAGAUUUAACCGAAAUUGGUGAAAAAGGAAUUAAUUUAUCCGGAGGCCAAAAACAAAGAGUGUCUCUAGCUCGAGCGGUUUAUGCUAAUUCUGAAAUUGUUCUUCUGGAUGAUCCUCUUUCUGCCGUUGAUGCUCACGUUGGAAAACAUAUUUUCGAGAAUGUAUUGUCUUCUGCUACUGGAAUAUUGGCAACUAAAACCAGAAUUCUUGUCACUCAUGGGCUCACUUAUUUGAAACAUUGUGACCAAGUCAUUGUUGUCAAAGAAGGAUCUAUCAGCGAAAUGGGAACUUAUCAAGAACUAAUGAGCAGCAAUGGAGCAUUUUCGGAGUUUUUGGAAGAAUUCCUAUUAGAGGAAUCAAAACAUCGUGGCAGAAGUGUCAGUUUCGGCGAAGAUGCAAAAGAAGUCGAUGAAAUUUUGAAAGAUUUGGAUCAAGUAAGCCCUUCGGUUCGACAAAGAAUUGAAAAACAGAUGAGUCAUGACAUCGAAAAGGAAGACGAUAAGCUUGAAAUCGUCUCAAAUGGCCACACAGCAAACCACCAUGAAAAUCACAUCAGUCCAAUCGGUAAAAAUGAGGAAAAACAAGCAUUGCUUGGAGAUCAGGUGGAAAAGAAACCAGUUUUGUCACCACCACAAUCAGCUGUCAAUAAGAACAAGCUCAUUGAAAAAGAAACUGUUGAAACUGGAAAUGUGAAGUUAGCUGUUUACAUGGCAUACUUCAAGUCGAUCGGAAUUUUUGUUGCCCUUCUCUUCAUUUUUGUAUACAUCGCAAGUAGUUUCCUGGGAGUAUUCAGUAAUUUAUAUCUGGCCAAAUGGUCUGAUGACGCAAAGGCAAUCUCAAAAAGCGGAAAUGGCAGCAGUACAGAAACUCAACUUCGUCUUGGUGUUUAUGCACUUCUCGGAAUGGGCCAAGCUGUUUCUGUUUGCUCCGCUUCCAUCAUUAUGGCUCUUGGAAUGGUUCGAGCUAGUAGACUUCUUCACUGUAAACUCCUAUCAAAUAUCAUGCGAUCCCCAAUGGCGUUCUUCGAUGUUACGCCGUUAGGACGAAUUCUCAAUCGUUUUGGAAAGGAUGUUGAAGCUAUCGACCAAACCCUACCGCACUCGAUUCGCUCGAUGGUGAUGACUCUUUUCAACGUGAUCUCAACACUAUUUGUGAUUACCUAUGCGACACCGCUAAUCAGCAUCAUGUUCGUUAUUCUAUGCGUCGUCUACAUCAUAGUAUUGGAAAUUGAUGUGGUCGACACACGAUUGCCGUCAACAAUCAUGACCGAAGUUGGUGCAAUUGUGCAAGGCAUCACAAUCAUCUCCGUCAUGAUUUACACUGUCCCCGCAUCCGGGCUUAUGGUUACGCCAGUGCUCAUUGGCUACUACUUCAUACUGAGAUUCUACGUGAGCACUUCAAGACAAUUAAAACGUCUGGAAUCAGCUUCAAGAUCGCCAAUUUAUUCUCAUUUCCAGGAAUCAAUUCAAGGAGCAUCUUCAAUUCGAGCGUAUGGAGUCGUCGAUAGAUUCGUAAAAGAAUCUCAACACCGUGUUGACGAGAAUCUUGCAACCUAUUAUCCCACAGUAGUCUCAAAUCGAUGGCUUGCUGUUCGCCUCGAGUUUGUCGGAACUAUGAUUGUACUUUCUGCAGCUUUGUUUGCCGUUCUAUUCCGAGAUUCGCCAGGUCUUUCUGCUGGUCUUGUUGGUCUAUCAGUAUCAUAUGCGUUAAACAUUACUCAAACAUUGAAUUGGGCAGUGCGAAUGGCUAGCGAACUUGAAACUAACAUUGUUGCUGUGGAAAGAAUCAACGAAUAUACAAUAACUCCUACGGAAGGUCACAACUCGAAUGCAUUAGCCGCCAAAGACUGGCCAAGGAAUGGAGAAAUAUCGAUUAAAAACUACAGUGUUCGUUAUCGACCCGGAUUGGACCUUGUACUUCAUAAUGUUACGGCUCACAUUGAAUCUGCGGAAAAAGUGGGAAUCGUUGGUAGAACAGGAGCUGGAAAGAGUUCUUUGACAUUGGCUCUUUUCCGAAUUAUUGAAGCAGAUGGCGGCUGCAUUGAAAUUGAUGGAACCAAUAUUGCAAACUUGCAAUUAGAACAAUUACGCUCUAGGCUCACCAUUGUUCCACAAGAUCCUGUCUUGUUCUCAGGAUCUCUGCGAAUGAAUCUUGAUCCAUUCUUCUCAUUUAACGACGAUCAAAUUUGGGAAGCUUUGCGCAACGCCCAUUUGGAAUCAUUUGUUCGACAAUUAAACGAUGGACUGAUGCAUGCAAUCUCUGAAGGCGGAGAAAAUCUUAGUGUUGGUCAGAGACAGCUUAUUUGUCUUGCACGCGCUCUUUUACGGAAAACAAAAGUAUUGAUUCUGGAUGAAGCUGCUGCAGCAGUUGACGUGGAAACCGACAGUUUGAUUCAGAAGACAAUUCGAGAACAGUUCAAGGAUUGCACUGUUCUCACGAUUGCUCAUAGAUUGAACACUGUGAUGGAUAGUGAUCGACUCUUAGUAUUAGACAAGGGAACUGUCGCCGAAUUUGAUACACCAAAGAAUCUUCUCGCAAAUCCAAAUGGAAUCUUCUAUUCAAUGGCCAAAGACGCGCAUUUGUCGUGA